AUGGCAGCGCUGAGACAGGAGCAUCGUUAUGGACUCUCCUGUGGCAGAAUCAACAAAAGCAGCUCCAACCAGACGCUGUACCACGUCAAGCUCACCGACACUGCCAUCCGCACCCUGGAAGCCUCCCAGAACCUGAAGGCAUCACUAUCAACUCAGCCUGCGAUUUGCUUCAAGGGGAGCCAGGGGUACAUAAAGAUCCCGGCGCCGACCCCUGAAUCUCCAGAAGGAUUCCGGGUCUUCUCCUUCUACCUAUCCAGCGACAGCAAAGACAAGCCCCAGUCCAGCUUCGACUGCAUUCACCAGUAUGUCUCAGGGGAGGGCAGGGAUCAGCUGGAGGGCCAGGGCAGCAUUCAGGACAAGAUCACAGUUUGUGCCACGGACGACUCCUACCAGACGACCAGGGAGCGCAUGUCUCAGGUGGAGAAGGACAUCUGGAGCCGCUCAGCAAUUGAGAUCAAGCCCGGGCCAAGUAAAUAUGUGAAGGUCCAGAGGAAGCCGGGUCUGGUAUCAGGCUCAGAUAGCAGCAACAAGCACUCCCCCAACAACAAGAGGAGCCUGGUUCCCAGCGCCGUCGCACACCGGCCCUUGAGGGACCGCGUCAUUCACCUUCUGGCCUUAAAGCCCUACAGGAAACCUGAGCUGCUACUGUGGUUGGAGAGGGAGCGGGCCAGUCCAAAGGACAAAAGUGACCUGACCCCAGUGCUGGAUGAGGUUGGUAAACUCAACAUUAAAGACCACAGCUACUCUCUGAAGGACGAGCUCUACAGACACAUCCAGAAAGACUGGCCUGGAUAUCUCGAAGAAGAGAAGCAACUCAUCCACAGGCUCCUGAUCAGGAAACUCCAGCCACUGCACAGUAGCCAGCUGAAGAGCCCCCAGUCCAACAGUUCAUUCCACAAAACUCCUGGGGACUCUCCUUCACAACUCAGUCCUGCCAAGAAUCUCUCUGUGAAACGCCCAUUUCCCUCUGACCCAUCCAGCUGUCAAACCCCCAAAAAACAAAGACUGUUUGACCAGUGUCUGCCUCUGCGGUCGCCCUCUCAUGGAGACUACGGCACCAACGGGGCCCGUAGCGCCUCCAGUCACGGAAACUCUAUACAGAUCAAAAUGGACUUCGACAAAACCAACAAUCAUCUCCAGGGGAGCCCAAACGGUCUGUACUCGCCGCACAAACUCAGUGGGUCGUCUGUUAUUCCCAAACUGGAGAGGACUGAGCCAGCGCCUACUGCUCCCAGCCCCAAGCCCCCACACACCGACCCCUCCAUUUGCACUGACCAACCGUUCCCCAAUGGCCAACAUAAAAAGAAGAAGUCUAAAAAGCACAAAGACAAGGAACGAGAGCGCUUUAAACCAGAAUGGAUUGAAACCAGUCCAGACCUGAAGCAGAAACAAGAAAAUCUCAAAGAGCACGAGGGAGAGAAAACACCUGUCAAUCGAACCUCAGCAGAGGAGCUGCCGGACUAUUUAAUAAAAUACAGCACCAUUAAAGCACUGGAUCAGCGUCAACAGUACAAGGACGACUUCUGUGCCGAGUACGAUGAAUACAGAGCUCUUCAUGACCGGAUCGGGGCCAUCACAGAGAUGUUUGUUCAGUUGGGCUCAAAGAUCAACACUCUCUCCCCGGGGACACAAGAGUACAAGCUUAUGGAGGACCAAAUACUACAAAAGUACCGAAAGUAUAAAAAGAAGUUUCCUGGUUAUCGGGAAGAGAAGAAGCGAUGCGAGUACCUCCAUCAGAAAUUGUCGCAUAUCAAAGGCCUGAUCACAGAUUAUGACCGAGCACAGGAGCUCUCCUAGUAACCGGCCUCUGCCCCCGGCAGGGUGUGAUUUUACUGGACCAAAAGACUCCUAAUGGACUCAAAGACUGUGUAGCUGGGUCCCGGAGCCACUGAGACACUUUUCACUUUACUCCUCCUGCUAAUGGAAUCGAGGAGCGAGUUUUGUUUUUCAAAAGUGGGCUUAGACCACCAACUCGUGAUCAGAUGUUGCCCUUUAACACUACGGCUCUCAUCUCUGAUUGUGGCUGUUCUGGCUGGAUCUUGUUCUGCUGUAGUAUGGUGAGAUGACACAGUCAAAGCCAAAUCCAUUUCCUGAAAUGCAAAACAGAUGUGAUCCUUCCUGCCUGAUUGCAUUUGUAUUCCCUCCUUUAUCUCGUCAGAGCUAAAAAAAAAAAAAAAAAAGUGCUGAUUUAGAAAUAGUAUUAAAUUGAUGGUACAAUCAAUCUUAGAGGGAAACCAAUGCUCCUAAAGCCUUUAUGUAUUAAACAUACAGAGGAAUCUGUUCAUUUACCGUUUGUAAUCAAAUGUGUCAACAUUUGAUUACAUAAAUUAUUCAUUAGUUCCAAUGCUGACAUUACAUAAUGUCACUAAUAUGAUCCUGCUAUAAACAGUAUCUCUCUUCAGACCACAUGCAAACGGACAAAAUUCAUGCAAGUAUGAAUGCAGGAAUGAGAGACAGACAAAGGUUUAUAUCAGUUUAUCAAUAAUGUUAUCACAAGAAGAAGGGUAAAGCCUAAUAUGCUGUUGUGUCAAUAUGUGCUACUUCGUACUUUCCCCCAGAAUCCGUGAUGAGGAGCAGUUUCUCCAGGUUUUGGCCAUCAGGAGGCAUUCUGGCUUCAUCCUGCUUGAUUUCUGAGAAAUACUGCAAUGCCAAAAAAAAACACUCCUCACAGAACAGUGAGGCAGGUUUCAUGAUCCUGUCAGAUUCCCCCACGUGUAGCCUACAGUACCACAAACUGCCUUUUCCCUACGUAAUGUAAAACAUCAUCAUUCCAUACAUAUCUCAAGUCAUGCACCAAAUUUGAAACGCUCAGUUCCCUGAAUGGGCCCGAUUUUUUUCAUCAAGAUUGAAAAACUCCCAGUCUUGCAAUGUUAAAGGAACUAUUAAAAUAAUCCUGAACCCGAACUUUGAUGGGUUCUUCCUUGACCCAUAUUAGAUCCAAGUUUUGUUGAAAUCUGUUAAGUUGUUUUUGUGUAUUCUUGCAUACAAACAAUCAAACAAACAGACAGAGAGACAUGGGUGAACAAAAUUACCUGUUCGGCAGAGGUAACAAAGCUGGAUGUGCACUGCAAACAAAUUCAUACCAGUUGCCCUAAGACAAAGUAUUAAAUGCGUACAGGGUAAUGAUAAUUUACAUAGUCCGCACCUUUUACUACCAUUUACUAUGAUUUAUGUUCGGUUGAAUAACAACGAUUCACUUCAGUGAGGGUUUACAUGUUAAUGUUAUUCUGCCGAACGUGACAGAAAUGGCUUUAAAGCGUAUGGACGGGGGUGUGGUGGGUUGGUCGCUCAGCUCAAACCACCAUGGUUCAUAUGAGACUUUUCAUGUGAAUUAACACCACCUUUAAUUUUAUAUCUCCUUCAAUAGCUGUGGCCUGAUAAAGGGAAUAGUGCACAGAUUCCAGUGCUCUCUGGACAUUCGCAUUGGAUGUAGCUGCACUCACAAUGGUUGUCUUAAUAACGGCUGAAAAUGGGAGAAUGAAGCUAAUAUUUGCCUUAGCACGUAUGACAGACAUUUCCAGAAUUCUGCUACCUUUAUUCUAAAAUGUUCUCCGCACAGUUCAAAGCAUUUCCAUAAAUGUUUUUUUAUUUUCUCUUUUUAUUCUGAAGGAAAGUUCAGUUACUGGAUCGUUGUUGUGCAACAGUUGUCUAAUCUGUGUCGUAUUAGUUUUUUCGAUGUACGUCUUAAAUCUGUCAACGUAUUUAGCUUAAUUUGUCGUCUGUUGAAUCAUGAACUGUAAAAGGAAUUUAAUUCACUCUCUAAUCCUUUCGAGAACCACUCUGGAAAGAAAGAACCGAUGCAGGAAUCGAGACAGACACAAUAAUACGCUUUGCUUCUCUUGGUUUCUCAGUGCAAAAGCUAAUUUGCCACAUAUUCAGCAGCUCUUUCACAGCUAAGUGUGCAUUUCUUCUUCUUGUAUUCUGGGAUGGCUGAAGGAUUUGAGACCAGCACUAGUUUGUCUGUCUUGGCACAUAUGAAAACUUCCAAGAAAAGAAUAUUUAUUGCACUGACUAUUGCAAACAUUUUAACUGCAAGAGGCCCGUAUAGUGUUGAACAAUUCAGAGAAUUAAAUAUAAAAGCUAAGGUCAUUAACGGAUUCUUCUCACUCCUGCACAUCCAUAGAGAUAUUUUCAUUAUCCUGUCUGUUUAAUGAUCUUCUCAGGACCCGACAGCUUGAACUUAUUUGGUUCUUGUGUCUAUUUGAGAGUGUGUCUGAAAACACCAGUGUGUUUAUUCUGGUACGAAGGCUGGAUAUCAUUGAGUUAUGAAGGUACUCACACCUUUUAAAAUAACAGCAGGAUGAAAAAAAUGCCAACAAAACGCAAUGUAGACCAUGAAGUCCUGAUCAUUUACAGAGGUAACUCAAGUUAAGGGCUCCCUGUUUACCACUAAAAUCAUAUUGAUUAUUGCAAUCAAACAAAUUGCAUCAUGGGUAACACUCUGCGGGCAACAUAUCAGUCUGAUCCUAGUAUGAAUGAAGAUAAUUGAACAUUCCUCUUGACGUGUUUUUGGGAAACCGUAGCCUCCAUGAAAUGGGCUUCUCAAGUGCUGACUGUGAUGUUUUUUACUGUUGCAGGAGCGAACUACUGACGGUGCCUUUUCAUUCAGAAAGCAGAGUCACUCUGCCUAGAAACAGGAUUGGUUUUCUGGGAAAAAGAAAAAAAAAACUGGGGCCGGCAUAUUUACACAUGUGUAGCUUCACACUGUUGCCAUUGUUCAAAGUGCUUUGUUCAUCAUUUUUAGAAUAAGUUGAUAUCAAAUGCCUUGUUUAAACGUGUAAAGUAUAUUGGCUCUGACAUGAUGCGUCAAUUACAUUUUAAAAAUGUAGUUUUCCAGGACACCAAUCAAAAUGCAUCUAAUGUUAGCUGUUUCCAUACUUGUAUAUUUGGCCUUUUCUUGUCAUUUCAGCCCAGGAAACAGUUUCCACAUAUUUCAUUCAGAUGUGCUUAUUGUUGGUACUGGAAGAAAAAAACAAUGCCUCCAUGGAAAUGUGAAAUCUACCGUUUUGUCAAUUAUAAAUUGCUCCAAUUGCUCCACCCAUAGAAGAACACGUUUAUUUAUUGCUUUUUAUGCAUUUGUUCCUUUACAGGAUUCUUCUUUGCAAAGUCUGUCCACUCUUUCCACAGCAAAACUCAUUAGCAAGGUGAAAGGGAAAUGGAAUAUAUUUUUGCAAUUGUUGCUGGUGGAUGCCUCAUCACAAAGCCAUUCUCUUGAAAAAAGCUUUCAGAAAAACUUAAUGUAUUAUUGUCUCAGUAAAAUUGGAAAUUAAAGCUUUUUUUUCCA